AUGCAGCCAAACUGCCAUGCAGAGGAGAGGUUAGCCUUGUUGCAAUUCAAAGAUAGCUUUAUGAUAAACAAGUCUGCUUCCAUAAAUCGCUAUCCUAAGGUUUCAUCCUGGACUCUAAAUGAUUGCUGCUCAUGGGACGGGGUUGAGUGCGACGAGCACACAGGUCAUGUGAUUGGCCUUGAUCUCAGCAGAAGCUGUCUCUAUGGUUCUUUUGACUCCAACAGCAGCCUUUUCCGCCUUCUUCAACUUCAAAAGCUUAACUUAGCUUAUAAUCAUUUCAAUUACUCUCAAAUCCCAUUUCGAGUUGGCCAUUUUUCGAGGUUGGCAUAUCUCGACCUCUCCCAUUCUGUGUUCUCUGGACGAGUACCACAAAGCUUGGCAAAUUUAUCUUUCUUGACGGAUCUCCGUCUAGAUAACUGUGCACUGUAUGAAGAAUUCCCAACCACAAUAUUUUACCUACCAAACCUACAACGUCUUAGCAUAGGAGACAAUCAAGACAUUACUGGUCAUUUGCCCGAACUUCACACAAGAUCUAUCCCGCCUUCAAUCAGUAACCUCACCCAACUCAAUUUCCUAGACCUCCCAGAUAACACUUUUACAGAAAAUCGCUUGAGUGGGAUGGUGGAGCUAGACGUGUUUCUUAAGCUCAAAAAUUUAAGUGUACUUAUGCUCUUAAGCAAGUUCCCAGUUUUUUUGAAAAACCAAAGCAACUUGAUUUGGCUGGAUCUAAGAGGCAACAAUUUUCAAGGCUUAAUACCCAAAUGGAUGUAUAAUGUUAGUGUAGAAGCUCUUCGGGCUCUGUUUCUUGAUGGAAACUUUCUGACGGCCUUUGAGCAAACACCAGCCGUUCUCCCAUGGCGUAUUGUAGAACUUUUAACGCUUGGUGGUAACAUGCUUCAAGGAGCGCUCCCAAUUCCAGCACCAUCUACCAAGCGUUAUGGCAUUGAGCAUAAUUCAUUGAAGGGAGAAAUUUCACCAUUGAUUUGCAAUGUGAGUUCACUCGAAGAACUACUUUUGUUUGAUAACAAUUUGAGUGGCACGCUUCCUCGUUGUUUAGGAAACUUCAGUAGUUCUUUGUCAGUAUUCGAUCUGGGUGGGAACAACUUCUACGGCCCCAUCCCAAAAACUUGGGCAAAGGGAAGUAGCUUAAGGAUGAUUGACUUGAGUCAGAACCAGUUACAGGGUCAGCUACCAAAAUCACUAGCUAAUUGCACCAUGCUAGAGUAUCUUCAUGUCGGCACCAAUCAGAUCAAUGAUACCUUUCCGUUUUGGUUGGGAACUCUUCCCCAGCUGAAGCUUCUUGUUUUGCGUUCUAAUGGGUUCUAUGGUGUAAUAAGGAAUCCUGAAACCAAUCAUGCAUUCCCCAUGUUACGUAUCAUUGACAUCUCUCACAACGAUUUCUCAGGAAAUUUGCCUUCGGGGUACUUUCAACAUUGGACUGCCAUGAAAACAUUUGAGAGUACAACACAGUUGACAUACAUGCAAGCAAGUUUCAGCGGAGAAGGGUGGGAUUCACAAUUCAGUUACUCAUUUACAAUAACAAACAGAGGAAAAGAGCUAAACUAUCACUCGAUCCAAGAUACCUUAUCAGCCGUAGAUCUCUCAAGCAAUCGAUUUGAAGGGAAAAUCCCAGAAGAAAUUGGAAAUCUAAAAGCUCUUCAUUUGCUCAAUCUUUCAAACAAUGAUCUUACCGGUCAAAUCCCACCGUCCUUGGGAACUGGGAAGCAUGACAGAGCUAGAAUCUCUGGACCUCUCUAG